AUGGCCCACAACUUCGCACCCUACCAAAGCAGUCCUCCCGAGUCAACACGCGCUCUCUCACCACCCCUCCGCACAUCGACCUCGUCACCUCGUCCUCAACAAGUCAGCCGCGCCCAAUCAAGCAUCGAAGAUCCAUGGGCUGCGUCCCGUGUCUCUCAACUACCCUCGCCCUCGGCCUACGAUGACCUCGAAGCCGCCGACACAACCCAAUCCUCACGCUUACGAGGAGAUGGCUACUAUGUCUUUGAAACGAGCUUGGGGAUUCGCAUGGACAUAGAGGCUUGUCUGCCAUAUUUACUGCUACCACCUGCUGGAGGUGUCGCCAUGUUGAUCUUUGAGAGGAAGAGCGAUUACGUACGAUUCCACGCCUGGCAGUCGAGUCUGGUCUUUGCUGCCUUGUUCGUCUUGCAUCUGCUGCUUUCCUGGUCGCGUUUCUUGUCCUGGUUGCUUUUCAUCGGCGACCUUGGCUUGAUUGUGCUCCUUGUCUUCAGAGCAUAUAGGGAUGCCGAGACUCUUGACCGAUUCGAGCUUCCCUUCUUCGGCCGUCUGGCUAGCACCUACGUCGACCGCGAAUAG